CUCUUCCUAGCAUUAUUGGCUAGGGUGGUCAUAUCAUGUCAUUCGUAGCCAUGCCAGUCCCACAGCCUCUUUCCUUCUACAGAUAGGGUCACAGAGGCAACAGCACAUCCAUACAUCCUCAUCAAUUCAGCAUUGAGUGCUCAACUAAAUACCAAAUUGAGUAAUGGCCACGAAGUUACUUCUAACUGACGUUGCUGCUUCAUGUGUAAAACAAAUUCCUUCCAAUUACAUCCGUCCUAUCUCUGACCGUCCGAAUUUUUCCGAGGUGGAAAGAUCCGGUUCCAUUCCUCUUGUCGACCUUGAGGGGUUGCACAGUCAUCGCCGCUCCGAGAUCAUCAUGCAGAUUGGUCAAGCUUGCCAAGACUAUGGUUUCUUUUUGGUGAGGAACCAUGGCGUUCCGGAGAAGAUGAUGAAUAAUGCACUACUCAUGGCAAAGGAGUUCUUCAAGUUACCAGAGAAUGAAAGGAUGAAAUAUUACUCUGAUGAUCAUAGGAGGAGCAUCAGGUUGUCGACUACUUUUAACGUUAAAACUGAAAAAGUUUAUAUCUGGAGAGAUUUCUUGAGAUUUCAUUCCAAUCCUUUAGAAGAUUAUGUACACGAAUGGCCUCCAAAUCCUCCAUCCUUCAGGAAGGACGUGGGUGAAUAUUGCACAGGUGUUAGAGCGCUGGUUUUGAGACUGCUAGAGGCUAUCUCAGAGAGCCUAGGACUGGAAAAAGAUUAUAUAAAUAAGGCACUGGGCAAGCAUGGCCAACAUGUUUCUAUGAACUACUAUCCACCAUGUCCACAACCAGAGCUUACUUUUGGAGUGCCAGGCCACACUGAUCCUACCAUGAUCACUGUUCUUCUACCAAAUGAAGUGCCUGGAUUGCAAGUUUUUAAAAAUGGCAAAUGGAUGGCAGUCAAUUCUGUUCCCAACACCUUUGUGAUCAAUAUCGGUGACCAAAUGCAGGUACUUAGCAAUGAUCGAUAUAAGAGUGUGCUACAUCGAGCUGUAGUGAACUGUGACAAGGAACGAAUAUCCAUCGCUACAUUUUACUACCCAUCACUUGAUGCUACAAUGGGACCUGCUAAGGAGUUGAUUGACGAUGAUAAUCCAGCAGCCUACAGAAAUCACUCAUUUAGUGAAUUUUACGAGAAAUUCUGGAACAGAGGACUUGCCACUGAAUGCUGCUUAUUAGACCUCUUCAAAUCUUCUGUUGUUUAGUAUUUUGUGAAUGAUGCUAAAUCUUGAAGUGCUUCAGGCAUAUGCAUUUUUCAUGUGUUUCUGUAAUAAAACUUCAUGAUCUGAAAAAAAAAAUUCUACAAUAAAGGAUAAAUCUCAUGACUUAUUGUUGAUA